AUUUGUAUGUGAAAUUGAACGCGUGGAAUAAAAUGCAAGGGAUGUGUCGUCGUCGCCCAUCACCAUGUGCAUAACUUUGGCAAGGUCAUGAUUUCCAUAUUUUCGGAUUUGAUCCAUUCUUGACAACAUGAGCUCUUCUUGCGCUGCUGCAUCGCCGACGUCCCUUGAGUUUCCACCUGGCUUCAUGUGGGGCACAGCCACGGCCGCGUACCAGAUCGAAGGUGGAUGGAACGAAGGCGGCCGUGGCAUGAGCAUCUGGGACGCGUUCAGCAAGACGCCAGGGAAAGUGAUCAACGGCGACACAGGCGACAAGGCCGUGGACCACUUCCACUUGUUCAAGCACGAUGUCAAGUUGAUGGCGGACAUGGGCCUCAAGUACUACCGCUUCUCCAUCGCUUGGCCUCGCAUCCUGCCGACUGGGUUUGCCACCCACGUCAACGAAGCCGGAAUUGCGUUCUACAAUGCGUUGAUCGACGAGCUGGUCGCGCACGGGAUUGAGCCCAUCGUGACGCUGUACCAUUGGGACUUGCCGCUGGCGCUGCAGACCGAGUUCGACGGGUGGCUUGGCGGCCAAGUCGUGGUCGACGCGUUUGCCGAGUACGCGCGCCUUUGCUUUGCGCGAUUUGGCGAUCGCGUCAAGAACUGGCUGACGCUCAACGAGCCGUGGUGCUCGGCGUUGUUGGGUCACGGCACGGGCGAGAUGGCGCCGGGUCGCAAGCACAAAUGCAAGACGGAGACGUACCUCUCGGCUCACAACUUGCUGCUGGCCCACGCCCAUGCUGUCGACGUGUACCGCAAGGACUUUCAAUCGCAACAACGUGGCGUGAUUGGGAUCACGUUGAACUGCGACUUCCGCGAGCCCAAGCCAUCGGCCGACCCCGCGGUCUUCAAGGAGAACCAGGCGGCGGCGGAGCGCGCGUUGCUAGUCGAGUUGGGCUGGUUUGCCGACCCGGUCUACUUUGGCGACUACCCGGACGUGAUGAAGAAGCAGCUAGGGGCGCGCCUGCCUCGCUUCACGGAAGCCGAAUCCACCUUGCUGCGAGGAAGCAGCGACUUUUUCGGGUUCAACCAUUACGGGACGGGGUACGCGGAGCCGUCGGCGGCGUUUCGGAACAAGGUCGCGCCCGGCUAUGACGGGUCCAUUUGGGAAGAUUCCGGGGUCGACGUGACUUCGAACGACAAGUGGCUCAAGACGGACAUGGGGUGGAACGCUGUGCCGUGGGGCUUCCGCAAGCUGCUGGUGCGACGAUCCCUGAAGACGAACCUUCACAUUAACGAACCCGUAGAUGUGGAUCCAAGCGCGGUACUCCCCCAAGGGCGGCAUUGUCGUGACGGAGAAUGGGUGCGCGGUGGCAGACGUGGACCGCGACGCGGCGCAGCAGGACACGUUCCGCAUCAAGUUUUACGAAGCGUACAUCCAAGAGAUGCACAAGGCGAUGACCGAGUACGGCGUGGACGUGCGCGGGUACUUUGCAUGGUCGUUUGUGGACAAUUACGAGUGGGCGUUUGGGUACUCGAAGCGCUUUGGGCUCCACUGGGUCGACUAUGACACAAUGGAGCGCGUGCCCAAGGCGUCGGCCAAGUGGUUUGCGCAAGUGAUCAAGCUCAACAAGGUGGAUGUGACAGAGGAGAAUGCGAUUGCCAUGGCCGCGGCGGAAACUGACCUGGCCGUGCCGUACUAACUGCCUUUGAAGUGGUUGUCUGCAACUACAUAGCUAGCUGUGCAAGAGGAUGUAGGACAUACAACCCUGGUGAAUAAUCGUAAACGAUAACGUUAACCAACGGUGUUUCGAACUACUU